UCUACAGCCUUCCCAUCUCUGUGUGAUUCAAGCUCGUGAGAGAGAGGCAGGUCCGCUGGGGGAGGCACGGACGUGAAGAGAGUCGAGGGAAAAGGAGGGGGAAAGAGAUUGAGGAAGUAUACACAGUCUGUUUUACAGGACUAGGAGCUGGGCUGGGCUGGGCUGGCGCAGGAACUGCAUCUGGACCAGUGGAAAAGUAAAACCAACGGAUAUAACUGCGCGAGGGAGGCAGACAGCUGCCUGUGUCCCAGAGAGUCUUUACCACGGGACAGAGAGAAACAGAGAGAGAGAGAGGAAGUACACACAGUUCGUUUCACAGGACUUGGGAGCUGGGCUGGGCUGGGCUGGGCUGGCGCAGGAACUGCAUCUGGACCAGUGGAAAAGUAAAACCAACAUAUAUAACUGAGCGAGGGAGGCAGACAGCUGCCUGUGUCCCAGAGAGACUUUACCACAAACGGGACAGAGAGAAACAGAGAGAGAGAGGGAGAGAGAGGGAUCUCCACUGGACGUACACACAGACAUGGCUGCUACUAGAGCUCUGCCAUGCCUUUUCUCCAUCCUCCUCUCAGGGCUCGUCUGCCCAGCUACCGUCACCGGAUUACAUCGGGAACAGCCGUCGCUGGUGUGUGACAAAGGAUAUUUCCUCAGUAACCAAAACCAAUGCCUACCAUGUAACUGCAAAGGACAUUCAGAAACCUGUGAGGAUAUCACAGGCAUCUGUAUUUCAUGCCAGGACCAUACCACUGGGGACUUCUGUGAGAUAUGCCAGGAUGGAUACAUGCCCGAAGUCAGCACAUUUGGACGACACUCGUGCCGGCCGUGUGCCUGUCCCCUCUCCAUCCCCUCCAACAACUUUGCGGAGCACUGUGACCGAAGCAGUAACAUCCUGCGCUGCAAGUGCCAAGAGGGCUAUGCCGGACAUUACUGUGAGAGAUGUGCUCCAGGUUUCUAUGGUAACCCCAUGGUGAUCGGUGACUCGUGCAAGAGAUGUGACUGUAACGGCAACUCAGACCCCAACCACAUCUUCAACGAGUGCCACAAUGUGACCGGCUUCUGUCAGAACUGCUGGGGGAACACGGCCGGUGCCAACUGUGAGAGGUGUGCUCCGGGUUUCUACGGCGACGCCAUCAGUGCCAAGAACUGCAGAGAGUGCACAUGCAAUGAAUGUGGCACAGCCUCCUGUGAUGACAGGACCGGGACCUGUCACUGUAAGCCUGGUGUCACCGGACGACUCUGUGACCAAUGCGAGGAGGGCCACACCGGUUUCAACAGUUGCCAGGGCUGCCGGAGGUGUGACUGCGGGCUCGCCGGACUCCGGACCACCUGUCAUCCUUUGACCCACAGCUGCCAGUGCCAACCAGGGGCCGGAGGCCGGUACUGCGAGCGCUGCCUCCCAGACCACUGGAACUAUGGGCCUUCAGGCUGUCAGAAAUGCGACUGUGCAAGCGGCCACUGUGACAUGCACACUGGGGAGUGCCUGCUAGCAGCACCCACGGUCAACCUCUGCAACAUCAGUUGUGACGAGUGUAUAUGGCAUCUGAUUGGUGACCUGAGGCUGUCCAAUAAGACUCUGGACCAGGUGAAGGUCAGCGUGUUGAACAUCUCCACUGGGGCAGCUGCCAACGAUAGGCUGAAGUACUACAACUACACCGCCCUCCGUCUGCAGGCCCAGUUUGUGAACUGGAGAAAUAAGUCGGCGCUGAUGAAGAUCCAGACAGGGCAGAUGGAGGAGGGCAGUGCUGUUUUACUUACGGAUAUGAAUCAACUGGCAAAGACGGAGAGUGUUGUGGAGACGUUGGGCAACAGAGUGGAUGUGGACACACAGCGGACCUUCGAUCUGGCUGAUGAGCUGACCAUUAAUCUCACCACCCUCAACAUGCUCAUUGAAGAGAUGAUCAGUGACUGGGAGUUGUACAGUGUCCAUCAGGACAUGGACCCGGAGGUCCUCCGUCAGAAGAUGGUCAUGGCCGAGGGCAUGGUGGCGUGGAUGAAGGAACUGGACCUGUCCCCGCGAGAGCCCAUCGCUACCGACGAGUCCACGGAGGCCCACGAGCUCCUUAGGCGAGUGCGUCAGCUGGACAAGAAGCUGAUCAGUACUGACGGCCGCCUGGCCCCAGUACGAGAGGUGCUCUCCCGCUUCACCAGCAAGCUCUCUGAGGCCCGAGACAUCCUCCAGAAGGCUGCUAACACUGUACAGGAGACGGAGGACAUGAACAAGGCCAACCAAGUCAAAUUCCAGAGGAGUGAGACAAAGCAGCAGCAUCUGAUGGAGAGCUUCAGAGACGUGAAUGACACCAUGCAGACGGCUGAAGACCUCAUCAUGGACACUAGGAACACUGUGGUCGACUUGGAACUCCUGGUUCAGAACGUGACUGAGUACCACGCUGCGAUCGACGGCGCUGAUAAACUCCUGCAGGAGAAGACUGAGGCGCUGUCCCUGGCUGACAGAGACCUGGUCCAGAGAGCCCAGGACCACGCGAAGAACCUCCAGGAGCAAGCGGACCAGCUGGAGAAUGAUCUGAAACGCAGUGACGCCAACGGAUUUGUGCAGAAGGCCCUGGAUGCAGCUAACGUGUACAACAACAUAGUCAAGUACAUCCAAGAAGCCAACAUCACCGGAGUGACAACCCUAGACUUAUCCACGAGAGCUGAGGAUGCCAUCGAUGGGAUCGACUCACAACUGGCCUUUGUGAAGACAGAGAGUGACAAGAUCCUAAAGCAAUCGGUUUCAGAGCGUUCUAAGCUACUUGAUGUUCAAGCUGAGGUUGUGGAUAAGCAGAAAUAUAUUGAGGAGACUAAGGAGACCAUGGAUGAUAACACUGAAAGACUAGAGAACGUUUUGAAAGAUAUCAAGGGAAUUGAGCCGGACAGAACCACAAAACGUCUGGCGCUCACCACCAAGGUUGCUGAAGUCACUCUGAACCGUUCCAUAGAGGUCCUGCAGACCAUCACCCCGAUCCAUGAGAAGGUAGAGGAAUGGGCCACCAACAUGAAGAAUCAACAUUACUCCACUGCAGCUUUCGACCAGGCUGUGCUUACAGCUGGCAAAGCAGUUGAUAACCUGUCUGAGCUGGUUCCUGAGCUGCUUGAUAAGCUCCGUGUGGUAGAGGAGAAGAAGCCCGUUAACAACGUGACUACCAACAUCGUGCGGAUCAGACAGCUCAUCGCCCAGGCCAGGAGUGUGGCCAAGAAGGUCCAAGUGUCCAUGAAGUUCAAUGGCCAGUCAUUGGUUGAGGUGCAUCCUCACACCAACCUGGAGGACCUGAAGACCGUGACCUCCAUCAGCCUGUUCAUCAGGGUGGACCCAGAUAAGGACCCCAUUGAGGAUCGCUUCAUCUUCUACUUAGGAGCCAGAAACGGCAGGAAGGACUACAUGGGUCUGGCCAUCAAGAAUGACAAUUUGGUGUACGUCUACAACCUGGGAAAGGAAGAUGUCGAGAUAGCGCUGGGUUCGAAACCCGUCAGCCAAUGGCCUCCCGUCUUCAACCUCGUCAAAGUGGAAAGGCUGGGCCGACAUGGCAAAGUGUUCCUGACUGUACCCAGUCAGACGUCUACCGUUGAGCAGAAGUUCAUCCAGAAAGGCGAAGCCUUUGGCAUCGACUCCCUGUUCGACCUGGACCCUGACGACACAGUUUUCUUCGUAGGCGGUGUCCCCGCUGAUGUCCGGCUUCCACCUGCACUCAGCCUAGCCCCUUUUGUGGGCUGCAUCGAGUUGGCCUCUUUGAAUAAUGAUGUCAUCAGUCUCUACAGUUUCAAACAGACCCAAAAAAUGGAUGUGGUGGCUUCAACACCCUGUCCCAGGUAUAAGCUGGCCUUCUCACAAAGUCGUGUUGCCAGCUACCUGUUUGACGGGACUGGAUAUGCGCUCAUCAAAGACAUAGAGAGGAGGGGUAAAUUCGGCAUUGUCACCCGGUUUGACAUUGCAGUUCGCACGGUAGCAAACAACGGCAUCCUUUUACUUAUGGUCCAUGAGGACAACUUCUUCUUGUUGGAGUUGAAAAAUGGCUUCCUACAUCUCAUGUACAACUUUGGCUUCAGUAAAGGGCCAAUCAUCAUGGAGAGUGAUUCACCCAAACUGAAGAUCAAUGAUGCAAGAUACCAUGAGGUGUCAGUCAUCUAUCAUUACUCCAAGAAAAUUAUUCUAUUGGUGGACAAGAGUCAUGUGAAAUCUGUGGAGAACGAGAAAAAAACACUGCCCUUCUCUGAUAUCUAUAUAGGAGGUGCCCCAUCGCAUGUCCUGCUUACUAUGCCUGAGCUUUUCUCCUUGGUGGGACUGAAAGGCUGUGUGAAGGGCUUCCAGUUCCAGAAGAAAGAUUUCAACCUCCUGGAGGAACCAGGAACUAUUGGCAUCAGCAGUGGCUGUCCGGAAGAGUCCUUUAUGUCCCGGAAAGCCUACUUCAAUGGAGAAAGCUACCUGGGGUCUACAGCAAAGAUAUCUCCCUUUGAUGCUUUCGAGGGAGGACUUAACUUCAGGACAAUGCAGCCAACUGGUCUCCUGUUCUACUACCGUGAAGAGUCUGAGGAGUUCACCAUUGCCCUUGAGAACGGGGCAGUGGUACUGAAUUCCAGAGGCACCAGAGUCAGAUCGCAGAAGAAGCAGUACAAUGAUGGAAUGAACCAUUUCCUGGUAGCUUCAGUGAAUAAUAACAAAUAUGAGCUUGUGGUGGAUGACAAAGACAAGCAUGAGAAGAAACGUCCAUCCUCAGCCUCUCAGGCCACCAUAGCCAGGAACUUCUACAUAGGAGGCUCUCCCAGCAGCAGCAUCAAGAACUUCACUGGCUGCAUCAGCCACGUCUACAUCAGCAGACAAGACAGGGACAUUGAGCCUGAGGACUUUCAGAAGUUCACAGAGAAUGUCCAAACCUCCCUGCAGGACUGUCCCGUGGAGCGACCGCCAGCUGCCCUGCUCUCUAAACACAGCAGGAACUCUGCCAAACCCAACCAGGGCUACACUAGGAAGGUGGGAAGAGACAAGUCCAACCUCCCGCAAGGCCUCAUGGGACUGAAGAGUGAUGGGGCAAAUCCAGCUGAGACAGAGGAGACCCCGUGCCACCUGUCACCCCAGCCCCGUGCCACCCGCAAUGCCCACCACUACGGCGGCACGGCCAACAGCAGGCUGGAGUUCACAGACAUCCCUGGGUCCUUCUCGGAGAGGUCUCACUUCUCACUGUCUCUGAAGACUCAGUCCUCGUUUGGCCUCGUCUUUUAUGCGUCAGACGAGGCGGACAACGAUUACAUGGCCCUGUUCCUUGCCCAUGGGAAGCUGGUGUACACCUUCAACUUUGGUCAACAGCGGUUCAAGGUCAAAAGCCAGGAGAAAUACAACGAUGGAGCAUGGCACAACGUUGUCAUGAUCCGCGAUCGGAAUCUGGGACGACUAGUGAUUGACGGACUGAUAGUGCUGGAGGAGAGAUCUCUGGGCCCCAACGUCACCUGGCAGUUCAGCAGCCCUCUGUAUGUGGGAGGCGUACCACCGGGGAGAGCACAGAGGAACAUACAGCCAAACUCUGCCUAUAGUUUCACUGGGUGCGUGAAGAACCUCCUGUUGAAUGGUGAAUGGCUGUCCUCCGUGUCCCAGACUUUCGGAGUGACGCCGUGCUUUGAGGGACUCUCCGAGCCCGGGACGUUCUUUACCGAGGAGGGGGGAUAUGUCGUUUUGGAUGACACGUUCAACCUGGGGCUGAAGUUUGAGCUGGUGAUGGAGGUGCGCCCCCGUGUGGCGUCAGGGGUGCUGCUGCAUGUAUACACAGCAGCCGAGGAGUACCUCUCCAUGUAUUUCCAUCACGGAGCAGUGGUGGUGCUGGUGAACAAUGGCGUGCGUGAGUUUUUCACUCAGGUCACUCCUAGACUGGGUCUGUGUGAUGGAAACUGGCACAGGAUCACAGUGAUUCGAGAUGCCAAUGUAGUCCAGCUGGAUGUGGACUCUGAGGUCAACCAUGUGGUCGGACCUCUCAACCCCGGCGCCCAGAGUGUCAGAACCCCAGUGUUCAUUGGUGGAGCUCCAGAAUCUCUUUUCCCAGAAGGCAUUGCUACUAGGAGGGCCUACACUGGCUGCAUGAGGAACCUGACAGUGAACGAGAGCCAAGUGAGCUUCAGCAAAGCUGCCCUGGUAAGCGGGGCCAUCAGUGUUGGCUCCUGUCCAGCUGUCUAAAGGACCUGUCAUAAUGCUGCUCUCUAGUGGCAAGACUGACCAAAUUCUGCUUUGUAAUAUGUUUCCACACUGUCAAUAAAGCAUGAAAAGCCAUCCUUGUUCAUGACCACAAAUUAUUUUUGAGAAUGAUCCAAAAAUGCAAUGCACCCAGCCAUAUGACUAAGACUAGUUUCACAUGAGAAAAUAUUGCCCCAAAAGAUUUCCAAAGAGUCAGUGUUUUUGUUUCUUUCAACUAUGAUUAAAGACCACUGUUCCAGUGCUCAUAUUACAGACAACCGAAGAAUGCUGGUAAAUGUGUCUCCCUACAUUGACAAUACUCAUAAAUCCCUGCACAACUCCGAAGGGAGAUGUUUGGGUUUGGUUGAUAGGAGCCUGAAGUAUGUUUUUGUUGAGCUGUGACAUACAGUAGAAGGGCAAAGUCCAGUUCAAGAAAACGCUUCCACAAUAAUAUUUUCUAAUCUGUAUGUAACAAAACAGUCUUCAUUGCCUUGUUCAUAGUGUUGUUUUUCUAAUUUUUUCCCUGUUGAAUAAAAUUAAUCUGAAGUC